CACGUGCAACAGCGGAAGCGAAUGUAUACAAUGGAAAUCAAAAAAUCAAUUAAGUUAUGAAAAACAAUAUUAAUUGCCUUUCUUUGUCGCCGCUGCAGAUAAAGAAAUGGCGGAUAUAUAGACACGAACCACUGGAGAAGCAGUUUCAUGGAUAAAAACAGAAUGAGCUGAUAGUUCCAGAGGUCUUUCAGAAGAGGUGGCAGAAGAGAGAGGCUGACCGGAAGAUGCCAAGAAGAAAACAACAGAAUCCUCAACCUGUCAAGUUGGAUUCUGAAGAUGGUGUAUUAACCAUCGGAGCUCCAGGAAGCCUGACCUUGAAGGCAGAUUUUCUUCUGGGACACGACCUUGAGUUUGGUGACCCCGGCCAUGACAAGAUCCUAGGCCUGGACGACAAGUACUCAGACUCUGUAGCGGCUGAGAUCGGCUUCUCUGUGUACCCUCUGGGGGAUGAGGAAGAGAGUUGUGCCUUCAGCCGUCUCAGUAUGGAGAGUGACGCAGAUGAGCCCUGCACCGCCACCGAGAGCUGCAGGGACCAGGAGGGUGAUCCAACCUCCCAGCCCGACCUCGAGCCCCCCUUCCCCCCCUACCUGUCCUGCCGGGGCUGUGGCCUGGAUCUGGUGGGACCCUACUGCCACCGUUGCUGCAAAGGAGGAGGAGGAGGAGGGGAAUUCAGCGGCGCGUUCGGUGGCUUUCGCUCCGGUUCGCGGUCACAAGCGGACGACAGCGAGGAAGGAGGGGACGUAACGGACGACAACUCCAUAAUGGGGGACGACGGUCCCAACUCCAAGCUCCACUCCUGCCAGUUGUGUGGGUUCUCCUCACGCUAUGCCAAUCACGUCAAGAGGCACAUGAAGACUCACAACGGGGAGAAGCCGUACCGCUGUCCCCUGUGUACCUACGCCUCAGCCCAGCUGGUCAACCUGCAGAGACACCUGAGGAUUCACACUGGGGAGAAACCAUACAGGUGUGACCGCUGCUCCUUCGCCUGCAGUUCCCUGGGCAACCUGAAGAGGCAUCAGAGGAUGCAUGUGGCUGGACAGCCGGGACAGGGGGCGGGACAGGAAGCAGUCAGACCUGAUCCCUCUGCCGUUGGCCCUCCUGCUGUUGGCCCUCCUCCUAUUGGUCCUCCUGCUAGUGGGCAUGGUCUUAAGAGAAAGGAGGAGCCCAGUGCUUCAGCUGAAGAAGUGAUGAGGUCUGAUCUAAACCUCCACAACAGAGACUACCUGCCACGCUACAGCAGACAAAGGUUACCACCACCACUGGAGCAACAGCCCCCAAGACUUAUUGAGGGGCCUGGACUUGGGGCUAGGGUCGGGGCUGGGACUUUAGGAAGGUGUAUGACUGGGACUAGGCCUGGAGUCAGAGCUGUGGUGGGAGUGAAGUCAGAGGACACACACAGAGACUCUCUCCUUCCUCUGCUCUUCCCCUUUACCUGUCGUCUCUGUGGUAUCCCCCUGGAGGAUGAGGAUGGUUCCACUGCGCAGAUCUGUGCCAAAUGCACCCUGGACAUGCUGACCAAGGAGUCAUCUGGCCCCAACAGCCCCGGGGAGCGUGGGGAUAAGGUCUACACCUGCAGCGCCUGUCCCUUCCUCACCCACUACCCCAACCACCUGGCGCGACACAUGAAGACGCACAGCGGAGAGAAGCCGUACAAGUGCCCUCAGUGCGACUACGCCUCCGCCCACUUCGACAACCUGAAACGCCACCACCGCGUGCACACGGGCGAAAAGCCGUACAAGUGCCACCUGUGUGACUACGCCUGUGGGAACCUGGCUAACUUAAAACGCCACCAGCGGGUCCACUCGGGCGCCAAGCCGUUCCAGUGCGCAGUGUGUAGCUACAGCUGUAACCAGAGUAUGAAUCUGAAGAGACACAUGCUGAGACACACGGGAGAGAAGCCUUAUAAGUGCCAGCAAUGUGGAUACACCACGGGACACUGGGACAACUACAAACGACACCAGAAGAAACAUGGCCUCGCCACCGACGGAUGGGUCAAAGUUCAGAUGUCCGGCGCCGCCCACGAGGAAGAUGAGGGUGAGGAAGAGGAAGAAGAAAGGGUGGCGGGACAGCCGCAGAGGAAAGAGGAAGAGACGGUGAUGCAGUAUAUGUCCAGAUAGGAACAGAGUUGUACCACAGAACAUGAGAUUGGGAAAUGACAGCUAAACUACCAGCAAAAUCCUAGAUUUUUCAUUUUGUUUUUUUUGUCAAUGAUUUUUCUGCAGCUGCUAUGUAGAAUCCUAGAACAUGG